AUGUCCGCCGACCACGCCGAGGCCAUUGAGCGCCUGAAGUCGCUUCAGAAAUCCCAGGACAUCAAAAUUAUCGAACUCAGCAACGAUGUCCGCCCACAGCCAGCUAAAAAUGGCGACAAGCGUAAUUCCGCUGCCUCUGAGAUGUCCGCAGACGACGCGACGCCAGCCAGUCUGCAAGCUGAUCUAGUCCACUACAAGGAGCUGUUUUCGAAAUUGCGCUUUAGCUACGUCGAGCAAGUCACCAAGGAGAAAUACCUCACAGCGAUAACUGUAGACCCGCCGCAAUUCGUCGAGCCGAGCGAAAACGUUGAGCUCGAGAGAGAACUCGUCGAAGUCAAGGCAUCUCUUAAGGCACAAAAAGUCGAGGUAGCGGAGAUACUGGCCGAGUUGGAGCGCCGGGGGCGCGACUUAAGCAAGCGCUACGAGUCAAUCCAGCUCCGCACCGCCCAGCUCGAGGCGCUUCCCACAGAUAUAGCCAAUCUGGAGUCUACCAUCGCAGAGCUGCAGGGGACUCAGGCGCCGCAUCCGACAAACCCAUCGCUAUCGCUACCGCUCCCGGAGACAAUGUCUGUUCUAGCCGCCAAGGAGGCCGAGCUUGCAGCGCUUGACAAGCAGUUGUCCAGUCUUGAAUCAACCGUACCGCGCAAGACCAGAGAACUGGAGAGACUGGAGGCAGAACUGAAGCCGUUGGAGGAAAAGAAGCGCAACACGGUUCAGGCCGCGAGGGAAGCACAGAGAAGGAGGGAGGCUGGCCAGGCAGGCAUGGGAGACGAUUUGGAAGAGCGUGGGCGCUGGUUGACUGCGGUCGAGCAAGGAUUAAAGGGCAUGCUCGAGGUGGAACAUUGA